AUAGGAGUAUAGGGUAUUAUAGAGAAAUAAAGACAAGCAUUGAACAAUUGGCGAUACGGUGUCGGUAGCGGCAGCGUAAGAAGUGACAUAAAAUCCGUUGUCCAUCUUUCCACUUCCGCUCCCUCAAGAUUCCAGAUUUCCCCAAAGCUCUGCCCAAGAUCUCAAAUUUCUUCAGGGUCUCCAUGUACUGCUGAAGCAGGUCCUUUAUUGAUCUCAGUCUCCUUGAUUUGUAGCAAAAUUUGUGUAAAGAUGGGUUUUUUGUGCGAUUUUAGUAUCUGGGUAUUCGCCUUUUGCUUGGUAUUUCAAUCUGGAUAUGGGUUUUAUCUUCCCGGAAGUUACCCUCACAAAUAUGGCAUCGGUGGCACCUUGUCAGUCAAAGUGAAUUCUCUCACUUCUAUUGAUACCGAGAUGCCUUAUAGUUACUAUAGUUUGCCAUUCUGUAAACCACAAGAGGGUGUUAAGGAUAGCGCUGAGAACCUAGGUGAGCUUCUUAUGGGGGAUCGGAUUGAGAACUCCCCCUAUAAGUUUAAGAUGUACAACAAUCGGACUGACAUAUUCCUUUGCCAGUCUGAUCCCUUAUCUCCUGAUAGCUUUAAGCUCUUGAAGGAGAGAAUUGAUGAGAUGUAUCAGGUUAAUUUGAUUCUUGACAAUUUGCCUGCAAUUCGUUAUACCAAGAAGGAGGGCUAUGUGCUGAGGUGGACUGGGUAUCCAGUUGGGAUUAAGGUUCAGGAUGUGUAUUAUGUGUUUAACCAUUUAAAGUUUAAUGUGCUUGUUCAUAAGUAUGAGGAAACAAACGUGCUGCGUGAUAUGGGAACUGGGAAUGCAGCUGAGGUCAUCCCUACAGUUGGAAAUGGGGAAUCUGAUGUGCCGGGUUACAUGGUUGUGGGAUUUGAGGUUGUUCCUUGUAGUGUCAUGCUUAAUGCUAAUGCUGUCAAGAACUUGCAAAUGUAUGAAAAGUAUCCAACCUCUGUUAAAUGUGAUCCGAAUACUGUGUCAAUGCCUAUUAAGGAAGGUGAGCCAAUUGUGUUCACUUAUGAGGUUGCCUUUGAGGAGAGUGAUAUCAAGUGGCCAUCUCGCUGGGAUGCUUAUUUAAAGAUGGAGGCAUCAAAGGUCCAUUGGUUCUCAAUCCUGAAUUCUCUUAUGGUGAUCACAUUCCUUGCUGGUAUAGUCCUUGUGAUCUUCUUAAGGACUGUUAGGCGGGACCUGACUCGGUAUGAGGAGCUUGACAAGGAGGCUCAAGCACAGAUGAAUGAAGAGUUGUCUGGGUGGAAGCUUGUCGUGGGGGAUGUGUUCCGCGCUCCAUCAGAUUCUGCUCUUUUGUGCAUUAUGGUUGGAGAUGGGGUUCAGAUUCUUGGGAUGGCUGUUGUAACAAUAUUGUUUGCUGCUCUUGGAUUUAUGUCACCAGCUUCCCGUGGAACUCUUAUUAUAGGUAUGCUAUUUUUCUACAUGAUACUUGGCAUUGUAGCUGGCUAUGUGUCAGUUCGUCUUUGGAGAACAAUUUGCUGUGGUGAUUACAAAGGAUGGGCUUCUGUCUCCUGGAAAGCUGCUUGUUUCUUCCCUGGCAUUGCCUUUUUGAUUUUAACCACUUUGAACUUCCUAUUAUGGGGCAGUCACAGCACAGGAGCUAUUCCAUUCUCUCUCUUUGUUGUUCUGCUUCUGCUUUGGUUCUGCAUCUCAGUUCCCCUUACCAUGGUUGGUGGAUACCUUGGGGCAAAGGCUCCUCAUAUUGAGUAUCCUGUUCGAACCAACCAGAUUCCUCGGGAAAUUCCACCUCAGAAAUAUCCAUCGUGGUUGUUGGUUCUUGGUGCCGGCACUCUACCUUUUGGUACUCUUUUCAUUGAGCUUUUCUUUAUCAUGUCUAGCAUCUGGAUGGGCCGUGUUUACUAUGUUUUUGGAUUUCUCUUCAUUGUCUUGAUUCUUCUGGUGGUGGUUUGUGCUGAAGUGUCACUAGUGUUGACUUACAUGCACCUUUGUGUGGAGGACUGGAAGUGGUGGUGGAAGUCCUUCUUUGCUUCUGGUUCAGUCGCCAUCUACAUCUUCUUGUAUUCCAUAAACUACCUAGUAUUUGACCUUAAGAGUUUGAGUGGACCUGUCUCUGCUACUCUGUACCUGGGAUAUUCUCUCUUCAUGGUUACUGCAAUUAUGCUCGCAACAGGCACAGUUGGGUUCCUUUCUUCAUUCUGGUUUGUGCAUUAUUUGUUCUCUUCAGUGAAACUGGAUUGAAGAAGCUACUCAAAGAGUCAACACUGAAGAAUUGGCACAUCGAGAAUGUUGAAAGCAGAAGCAUGCAACCCUUACAAAAUCAUUUGUUACUUUCUCGGGGAUUAGUUAGCUUCUUUUUUUUUUUCCUUUUUUUUUUUUUUAACAUUUCUAGGGAACAUCCUGGUAAUGUAAUACAAAUAAUUUCUAGCAGUUUUGCUGAAUUCUUUAUUUGAAUUCUUUAUUUGAU